AGGCGCGUGCGCGUCGAAGGAUGCGAGUCUCGCUGGCAGCACAAAGAGAGGAGAGGGUGACAGACCGUCCUCAGACCAGUGCUGGGCUCUGACUGGCUCUGACUACAAGAGUUAAAGUCUGAAAGGCCGGCACCGACCACUUGGCGACAUCACGCGCGGCGCGGAGGAGAACGACUGGAUUCCUUAUUUCCCACGCGCCCACUGACGCGCAGUCACCUGGUUUCUGCAGGACCGGACGGGGUCCAGGAGUCCGGACAGUGGACACAGACUCGCACAGACUGACCACCAAGACGCGCGUCCGUCCCUCCCCCUCGCCUCCUUUUCCUCGAGCUCCUCUGAGGGAUGGUGUGAAGGCAGCGGAAAGAAGAGCCGGACUCUCCCCCUCCCUCACCUCCACGAAGGGAGGCGCGCAGCCACUUUGGCACCGAGCUCCGAGCGUGCGCCCCGGCGCCCCGCGCUGCGCGACGGCCGCUUCCCGCAGAGCGCAGCAGCCCGCCGCGGACCCGCCACUUCCAGGGCCGCACUUGGGGGGGGGUGCUCAGUGGUCAGCUUGGGGUGACCGGCACAUUUUAGGAGCAGCCUGUCCAGUUGGAGAGCAGCAGCAGGAGGAGAGGAGGAGAAGGAGGAGAGCCGACCCUUCCUGCGCAGCUCUCCGGGCGAUGCCAGUGUAAAUGCCAGGGCGAUGUCCCGACGCAAGCAGGGGAACCCGCAGCACCUGUCCCAGAGAGAAUUAACGCCGGAAGCCGAGCACCCAGAUGGCGCUCUGCUUUCUGACACGCCGUCCCUCCACACCCUGGGCCUGCACCCCCACCCUCUGGACCCCAGCUUGGCCCACACGCUGCCCCCCGGCCUUCACACCGACCACGACCUGCUGACCUGCGGCCAGUGCCAGAUGACCUUCCCGCUGGGCGACAUCCUCCUCUUCAUCGAGCACAAGAAGAAGCAGUGUCAAACGCCGCUGCUGCCCAACGGCUGCUACGACAAGGUGCACGAGCGAAGAGGAGGAGGAGGAGGGGGUCUGCAGAGCCUUCAUCACUACGCCCAGCGGGGGGAGCUCAGGAAAGUGGUGGAGCCGGUGGAGAUCGGCAUCCAGGUGACACCAGAGGAGGAGGAGGUGGUGGGAAGAAGAGGUGAAGGAGGUGAGAGGGGGGAGAAGACGCUCGCCAAAGGAAUUUGCCCCAAGCAGGAAAACACACCAGCAGGUGGCAGAGAUGAGCCCUCUAACUACAUAUGUACCACCUGUAAGCAGCCAUUUCCCAGCGCCUGGUUUCUGCUGCAGCAUGCCCAGAACACCCACGGCAUACGCAUUUAUCUGGAGGCCAACCCCUCCAGCACCGCCCUCACCCCUCGACUCACCAUGCCUCCUCCAAUGGGCAAUGACUCCAUCCCUCAGUCUCCACUAACCAGCUUUCUGGGGGACAACAAUCCCUUUCAUCUACUGAGGAUGACGGGACCUUUACUCCGAGAACCACCCCCUGGUUUUGUGGAAAACCGUCUCCCCAACACCCCACCAUUUGUCAGUCCGCCUCCCCGCCAUCACCUGGACCCCCAUCGACUGGACCCCCAUCGACUGGAACGCCUUAGUGCAGAGGAAAUGGGCCUCAUCUCCCAGCACCCGAGUGCCUUUGAGAGGGUGAUGCGGCUAACACCGAUGGCCAUAGAGUCACAGUCCAUGGACUUUUCCAGGCGGUUACGUGAGCUGGCAGGGAACACUAACAAUGCCACACCACCCCUCUCACCCAGCAGGCCCAACCCUAUGCAUCGACUAUUAAACCCCAAUCCCUUUCAACAAGGGCCUAAAUCGCCCUUUCUAAGUACCCCUCCUCUACCACCAAUGCCCCCAAACAGCACCACCCCUCCUCAGACACAGAACAAAGUCAAAUCCUGUGAGUUCUGUGGUAAGACAUUCAAGUUCCAGAGCAACUUGGUGGUGCACCGGCGCAGUCAUACUGGGGAAAAACCAUACAAGUGCCAGCUGUGUGACCACGCCUGCUCCCAGGCCAGCAAGCUGAAGCGCCACAUGAAGACCCACAUGCAUAAGGCUGGAUCCAUGACAGGGCGCUCAGAUGAUGGGCUGUCCAUCACAAGCUCACCAGAACCAGGAACUAGCGAUGUUACUGGUGAGGGCAUUAAAAAUCGCGAUGGGGAUUUCCAGGGGGAAGGCAAUGAGGAAGAAGAGGAAGAAGAGGAAGAGGAAGAGCUUGAGAACGAAAGUCGACCAGAAUCAAACUUCAGUAUGGAGUCUGAGUUUUAUCGUAACAGAGAAAAUGGUGCUAAGCCUCCCUCAGAGGAGAAGUCUACUCUGGCCCUUGAGAAAAUGGUGGAUGGUGGGCCACUCAACUCCAUACAGCAGUACAAUAAUUUGAUAGUCGACAAUCGUAAAAGGAUGCCCUUCUCCAAGAGGGGAUUAGAUGGCCAGCGGGACACUGGAGAUGACAAUUCAGUAGUUGGGGAGAUGAACCACCACCAGCAGGAGGAGCGGACAACCAUUAAUGGCCGGAACUGUGGCUCCGGUGACUCUUUCUCAGGCCUCUUUCCCCGAAAGCCCACCCCCAUCACCAGCCCUGCUCUGUCCAACUCCUCAAACAAGAGGAUCAAGAUCGAGAAGGACUUGGACAUUCCCCAGGCUCCCCACAUUCCUUCUGAGAAUGUGUACUCCCAGUGGUUAGUGGGCUAUGCUGCCUCACGCCAUUUCAUCAAAGAUCCUUUCUUAGGCUUCACUGACUCCAGACAAUCGCCCUUUGCCACCUCCUCUGAGCACUCAUCGGAUAAUGGCAGCUUGCGGUUCUCAACGCCUCCAGGAGACCUGCUGGAUGGCGGCCUAUCUGGCCGCAGCGGCACAGCCAGUGGGGGCAGCACACCUCACCUAGGCGGAGGUCCUGGUCCAGGUCGACCCAGCUCCAAGGACGGGAGGAGGUGCGACACCUGCGAAUACUGUGGCAAGGUGUUUAAAAACUGCAGCAACCUGACAGUGCACCGGCGCAGUCACACGGGAGAAAGGCCCUACAAGUGUGAGCUGUGCAACUAUGCAUGUGCUCAGAGCUCCAAGCUCACCCGCCACAUGAAGACACAUGGCCAGCUCGGUAAGGAGGUCUACCGCUGUGACAUUUGCCAAAUGCCCUUUAGUGUAUACAGCACUCUGGAAAAACACAUGAAAAAGUGGCACGGAGAACAUUUGAUGACAAGUGAGGUCAAAAUCGAACAAGCAGAGAGAGCCUAAGGCGCAUUUACAAGUUCUGAACCAUUCUUGGACUAAAAGAGAUAAAUAAUAAGGGGAUAUCUGGAUACUUUUAUAUUAAUUUGGGGUUAGUUUUGUGUUUUUGAAAAAAAAAAAAAAAAA